UAACGACUCACAACGUACCGCAUUGUUGUUGGGGGAAGAGAAGCUCGGGCAGCCGCUGAGCUCUGCCACCUCUGACUGCCUCCACACAGUCCCCCCCUACCGAUCAGUGUUCGUACCCGGGAUCACAGUAGACCACCUGGAACCGGCUCCGUCGCCCUGGAUACCUGCCGGUCACUCUCAGGUCUUCACUCGGUUCAGCGCGAGCCGCGGCCGCCGUCGGACCAGCGGACUGAAUGUGGAUUUAACUGCCGCUUCGCUCCACAGGCCGCGCCGCCAUUGCUGCUGUUUUUACAAGCUGAAUUGGUGAAAAUACCGAGGGUCUUUACGGUUUCAACAUGAAGAAAAAAGGUCGAAAUCACCGCCCGUCGGUGCUGAAGAGGGAGUCAUCCCCCAUCAAGCCGUCGCCCAACCGAGAGACGCUGACGUACGCACAAGCCCAGCGGAUGGUGGAGCUGGAGGUGGACGGCCGCGUGCACCGGCUCAGCAUCUACGACAAACUGGACGUCAUCAUGGACGACGACCCCACGGCUCAGGAGAUCAUGGAGUGCAACAGCAACAAGGAGAACAAUGAGAAGCCCCAGCAGGUCCUGGUGCGCUCCGUGCGCCUCAAAAACAACCAGCAGAAGAAGAAUGCGGCGCUCACAGCCUCGCACGGCACCGGCGGCUCCCACGGCGGCACUGGUGGCCUGCUGGAACCGAAGGUCAGAACGGUGGAAUACAACCUGCCAGUGGUGCCGAAGAGGCCGGCGGCGUAUUACAAAUACACAGAGAGGACGGCGGAGGAGCUGGACGAAGAGGUGGAGUACGACAUGGACGAAGAGGACUACGCCUGGCUGGAGCUCAUCAACGAGAAGAGGAAGAGCGAGGGCGUCAGCCAGGUGUCGCACAACCUGUUUGAGUUCCUGAUGGACCGCUUCGAGAAGGAGUCGUACCUGGCCACGCAGGGUCAGAGCGACCUGCAGUCGCUGGUGGACGAGGACGCCGUCUGCUGCAUCUGCAUGGACGGAGACGGAGCCGACAGCAACGUCAUCCUCUUCUGCGACUCCUGCAACAUCGCCGUGCACCAGGAGUGCUACGGCGUGCCGUACAUCCCCGAGGGCCAGUGGCUGUGCCGCCACUGCCUGCAGUGUCCAUCACGACCAGCAGAGUGCGUCUUCUGCCCCAACCGAGGCGGAGCCCUGAAGAAGACAGACGACGACCGCUGGGGCCACGUGGCCUGCGCCCUGUGGGUCCCUGAGGUCGGCUUCUCCGACACGGUUUUCAUCGAGCCCAUCGAUGGCGUCCGCAACAUCCCACCGGCACGCUGGAAGCUCACCUGUUACCUGUGUAAGGAGAAGGGCGCUGGAGCGUGCAUCCAGUGCGACAAGAUGAACUGUUACACCGCCUUCCACGUCAGCUGUGCCCAGAAGGCCGGCCUCUACAUGAAGAUGGAGCCCAUCAAAGAGGUGACAGCAUCAGGCGCCACCACUUUCUCCGUGAAGAAGACCGCCUUCUGCUGCAGCCACACGCCCAACGGCUGCGAUCGGCGGCCGCUCAACAUCUACGAGGAACCGCACCCGAAGAACGGAGCCUGUCACAAGAGGGCUGACAAGAGAGGAAAGGCCCGGGCCAAGAAGAAGAGCAAGAGAACGGAGCCAGAACCAGAACCAGAACCUGAGACCCCUACCAGCUCUGGUCCCAGCAUCACCACCUCAAGUUUCGACACCAUCCUGAACCAGGUGGCCGUUCAGAGGAAGCGUCUGUUCGUGGAGAGGGUUCUGAGUUACUGGGUCCUGAAGAGGCAGUCGAGGAACAACGUGCCGCUGAUCCGCCGGCUGCAGGCCAACCCUCAGCCUCCUAAAGCCAAGCAGACGGACCGGAUGGAGACGAACCAGGCGCUGAAGGAGCAGCUGAAGGAGUGGCACCGCCUCCGCCACGACCUGGAGCGAGCUCGCCUGCUGCUGGAGCUCAUCAGGAAGAGAGAGAAGCUGAAGAGAGAGGAGAUGAAGCUGCAGCAGUCGGUGCUGGAGGUUCAGCUGACCCCCUUCAACAUCCUGCUGAGAGCUGUGCUCAGUCAGCUGCAGGAGAAGGACCAGUACAGCAUCUUCGCUCAGCCCGUCAGCACCAAGGAGGUUCCCGACUACCUGGACCACAUCAAGAACCCCAUGGACUUCUCCACCAUGAGGAAACGCAUCGACAGUCAUGGCUACAAGAACCUGGAGGAGUUCGAGUCCGAUUUCAAUCUCAUCAUCUCCAACUGCAUGACCUACAACGCCAAGGACACCUUCUUCUACAAGGCAGCUCAGAGGAUGCAGGACCACGGAGGAGCCAUCCUCCGCCGGGCUCGCCGAGAGGCCGACAGGAUCGGCUUCGACUUCCCCAGCGGGCUGCACCUACCGCAGGCCCCGAAACUGGAGGCAGCGCCCCCCUUCUCCUGGGAGGACGUGGACCGUCUGCUGUGCCCCGCCUACCGCCGGCUGACCCCCCUGGAGGACCAGCUGAAGGAGCUGCUGGAAAAGCUGGACCUGAGCACGGCCAUGAAACACAGCCCGUCCCGCAGCAAGAGGCUCAAACUGCUCAAGAAGACCAUCAUGGAGGUCCGCAGCGAGAUGAGCCUGAAGAAGUCCCUCCCGCCGUCACCAGCCGUUCCGGAGCCUGACCGGACCCCCGCUGAGUCCGACCAGAAACCACUACCCGACCCCCCGGCCGAGCCCUGCACAACGCAGGAGGACAAGUCUUUACCUCCGCCAACGUUAGAGCUGCUGACGUCGCAGCACGACACCUCGCCCGACGACCCGGAGCCGCCUCCUCUGAAGCCCGUCAGACCCAGCACGGACCCGACUCCCAUGGAGCUCGACAGCGACACGUCUACCUCAGUUUCCCCGGACACCCCCAACGGGCACAUCUCAGACCCGCUGCUCCCCAACAGCGACCUCCACACCGAAGCCUCCGCCGCCUGCAGCCGACGGAACAACAUCCUCUUCCGCAAGUCCAAGAGCGCCAGCCCGCAGAAACCACCCAAGACCCAGGAGGCCGCGCCGCCAUCUCUCGGCGCCAAAACCUUCCUGUCUGUCGUCAUACCUCGCCUGGAGACGCUCCUGCUGCCGAAGAAAAGAACCCGCAGCAGCAGCGCCGACGGAGAGGACGACGACGAGGAGUCGCCGAUAAAACGCCUCGGCACAGGAAUAGCAAACGGUUUUGUGGUAGAGGAGGAGGAGAUUUCUCCGUCUCCUCGCCUGCUGGAGCCUCGCCGCCGCUGUGCGUCCGAGUCAAGCAUCUCCUCUAGCGGGAGCGUCCUCUGUGGCACCAGCACCGUCAUCGUGUCUAAAAGCGGGAAAGGGCGGCCGGCGGCGGCUCGGCGGAGCACAGUGGACGAUAAGAGCGCUCUGAGGACCUGCAUCGAGAACGGAGAGUUCACCAAAGCUGUUAAGAUCUCCUCAGAGGUGUGGAAUCCCACCGCUGCGUCUCCAUUUGUUCUGGAGCCUCUUAAACUAGUUUGGGCUAAGUGUAGUGGAUAUCCCUCCUACCCCGCCCUGAUCAUGGACCCCAGAGUGCGGAGGACGGCGUGUCAGCACAACGGGGUGGAGCUUCCCCCGCCGCCGCCGGACGUUCUCAGAGCCGGAGAGCGGAUGCAGUUCAGGUCCGCAGAGAAACUCUUCCUCGUCCACUUCUUCGACAGCAAGCGCAGCUGGCAAUGGCUUCCUAGAUCCAAGAUGGCGCCCUUCGGGAUCAACGAGACGCUCGACAGGAUCAAGCUGACGGAGGCUCGCUCCUCCUGCAUCCGUAAAGCUGUGCGGCUCGCCUUCGACCGGGCCAUGAACCACCUGAACCGAGGCGGCGGCGAGCUGGAGCCGAGCGCCGGCCUCGCCCUCACAGACUGAUCCCUCACCUUACCCAUCAUCCAUCUCUCCCUCUUUGACCUGUCAGUUUUUAUUUUGAACACCACCACCGCAGAGACUCUGUUUCUGCUUCGUACGCACAACACACACACACACACACACACACUCGUCAUGUUUACUAUUUCUUACAACUGGAUCGUUGUCACGCCUCCACGCACAUCUGUCUCCCCUGUCCGAAAUACUGUAGCUUGUGACGGCCAUCUUGUUUUGUCAAAGAGCUAUGCAAUGAAAACGCCUCGGUUAGCAGGUGCAAAAAAACGAAGAAAAGAUUUUUAAAAAUCUAACGUUGGCUGUGAGGACCGAAAAAUCACGGGUCUAAAACCUGUUGAAUGUGUCGGAGUUUGACCUCUGACCUCCUUUAAAUGUGCUGCAAGACUGCUGCAACAAUCUCACUGCCAUGAAAACGUCCAUCAGUGUGUGUGUGACGGCAGCAGCUCCUGUAAAUAUCCUGUACAAGGUCUGACACUAAUUUAUUCACUCCCUCAGCUCGUCGUCGGUGCACCGUGUUCAGAUAUUUAUACAGCGGGAGGUGAGGAUCCACGUCGUCGCCGGCACUGAUGGUGUCGGAGUUUCUGCUGGUGCUAUCUCUACACAGAGAAUCAAAAACAAACAUGCAUACUGUACUGAACCUUUUUAUUUCAGCUCCUUUUUUACAGUUUUUGUAAGUUAUUGAGUUCUCAAGCUUCACGUUCUCUCGUCUUUGGCAUUAAUUUUUCUGUGUGCAUCUUUUUUUUUUUUUUUUUUUACCUGAAUGUUUUUACUGGACUACUUUUUUUUUUGUUUGUACAUAUUUAUAUAAAAUCUAUAUAGAAGCUCUCAAAGUUUAAAAUGCCUGAAGUGCAUCAUUCACACCGAAACCAAAAAAAAUCUGCUGCCCACAAGUUUCCCACUAAUGUGUGUUUUUUUUAGUUGUUUUUCAGGUUUUCGGCCUUUUUGUUUUUGUUUGUGUUGUUGCUGUGAUGAGUUCAAAUCUUCUGUAAAACGUCACAGAAUCAUCUUUUCCACCUGAACUGACCUACAGUCAGCUGUAGGAGAGAAGAGAAUGUGCCUGUACUAAUUUAUUGUAAAACAGAAAAUGUAUAUGCAUUACUUUAUAUUGUAAGAAAAUACUACGGGCACACUAGGAGCCGCGUGUAGAGGCCCCUCCUCUUCCUCUGUCGUUUGUGAGUUUUUAUUUUUUAUUUUGGAAUAAUAGCAUUAAAUCUGAGAGGUGAGGUGAUAGUGUUUGACGUUUUGUUUUGGCGGGGUAGCGAUGGGUAGACUUCCUGUUUUCUUUGGCCCCUCUGGAUGUGGAUGUUGUGUGUAAAUAGAUUUGGUACUUUAGCUGAUUCUCUGGGAAAAACCACAGUUAUAGCCAAUGGGAGUGGAAACCAGCCCACAGACGGCCGGUGGGAUUUUUAUACUAAAACACUGAAAAAUUAAAAUAUGUUAUUGAAUCACUGA